CGUGCGAUCUCGUGUGGAUGAAACGUCAGUGUGACGGUCACAACCGAGCAGUCAACUUACACGAGUGUGUGUUAUGAACCAUGAGUGAAUCGUCCGGCACAGUACCAGUGGACAAUCAUAACAAACAUCAUCUGGGACAUUAUAUUAGAGAAUGCUUGCUUAAAGAUCCGGAUGCUGUCUGUCAGAUAGACGCAGCAACAGGCGAGGAAGAAACGCGUCGCUCCGUUCUCACUCGCGCCACGACCGUGGCCAGAUGUCUGCGAACCCUGGGACUAAAGCCGGGAGAUGUCCUGGCGUUAGGUGGGGACAACCAUCUGGAUCUCCACAUACCGUUCUAUGCGGCCCUCAUGAACGGGUAUCCCAUCGGUGGCGUUGACCCGUUUUUCAAAUUUGAUGAAAUCAAACAGCUGUUCAAGCAGCUGGAGCCAAAGAUCGCGUUCUGCCAGCAGUCUUCAUACGAGGACUACAGACGAGCCGUGGCAGAGCUGGGAUUGGACACGAGAGUCGUCACCUUCGAUGGGAGGGGGAACUCGAUGGCCGAGUUGGUACAACAGUAUGCCGGCGACCAGUCUGUAGAUGAUUUUGAGGUAGCUGAAUUCGACAUGGAUGCAAUAUACGCAUUCUUAGUCGCCACGAGUGGGUCCACUGGGUACCCUAAAGUGGCGGCCAUGAAACAUGGACCUGUCGUCAAAUUGGUUAAAAUAUUCACUUCGCUCUUCAUUUCAAAAACAUUGAAGCCUGCUCUAAAUCUGUCAGCCGUGCAGUGGGUUUCAGCCUACUUCAAUGCGAUUUGCAUGCCCUCAUACAACCAGAUCAAGGUCCAGACUUCAGCGCCCGCUACUGCAGAACAUGUCAUUGACAUUAUCAAUAAAUAUAGGCCAAUUAUGAUGAUGAGCACGCCAUCGAUCCUGCACCGCAUACUGCAGCAUGAGAAACCGUGUGACCUGACCUGCUUUGACGUGAUUUUUCUUUCUGGGGCUUCCAUUCAGAAAAAUCUCCUUAUCGACCUGAAGGCAGCACUUCGUCCGGAUGCGCAAGUGGUAGAGACUUACGGGCAAACAGAGUGCCUGGGCCCAGCACUGCGGCCAGCACCAGCGGGUCCUCUUGGGAACUGCGGCGUCGAAUCACCGCUCAAUAAACUCAAGCUUGUCGAUCCGGUGACGGGAGAAAUAAUAACGGAACCCAACGUUCCCGGAGAACUCUGGACCAAAGGACCUCGAUUUACUGAAUAUUACAGAAGCCCGGAAGAGACCGCUAAGGCGAUAACACCGGACGGCUGGUACAAAACGGGUGACCUGCUGCGGAGAGACGAGAACGGGUACUUCUUCUUCGUGGAGAGGCUCAAGAUGCUCAUCAAGUUUCGCUCCUACCACGUGGUCCCUAUGGAAUUAGAAGAGGUGAUACAGAAACUUGACGGUGUGCUGGAGGUGUGUGUGACGAGCAUCGCAAACCCGGUGGACGGGGAGUGGCCAGUGGCGCUGGUCGUGAGGAAGCCAGGGGUUUCAGUCACUGCUCAAGAGAUCCAGGACGUGGUAGCUAGUAAACUGUCGGAACACAAGCAGCUGCAUGGAGGAGUGAUAUUCGUGGACGUGCUGCCGAUGACGUCCAACGGGAAGGUCGCCAGGGCCAAAGCAAAGCAGCUGGCUAGAGAGGCCCAACAGACAUCCACUUAGAAGGCGGUCUUGGUUUUGGAUACGAAUUCACACAGCCGUAGGCAAGGUUGCCUAGCUUACAGAUUACUACGGAGGAGUAAAAACCAAACGACGUACCGAAAACUCGCAGUGCCGCAAAGAUAGGUAGAAAAUACAGUGAUGGGUUCAAAUUUGCCUUUAUUGUAAAAAAUGUUUUUUAAUGUACGAUUUAAUUUAUUCAAAUAAAUGAUUUAUUUCUUAAUGCGCACUACACGAUUAUAUACGCAGUUUUACUUAUAA